AUGUCCAGAAGUCAGUGGGCUCUUGGGGCCUGGGUUUCACUCCUUGAGGAUGGAGCCCUGGGCGAGGUGAGCCCGGCUCCUGCAUUUGAUUCAAUCACGAUAUUUACCCCAGAAUCUCACUCUGCUCAGAGCACUGUGGUUGCUCUCAACAAGAUAUCCUACCCUCAGCAUCUACAUUCUAGCCGAGGGGGAAACAGCAAUAAACAGAAAACCCGGAAGAAGCAAGUCCUGAAGAGUGCAGACAGCGACGAGCUGCCAGCAAAGGGAAAGCAGCGUGUCCAGGAGAGGCCACUGGUCUUGUGGGAGCUGGUGUUACGGAGGAAGCCCAUAGGAGGAUGGGGAGGCAUGGUGAAUGUCUCCAACUUAAGGAAUCAGAUCAAAGAAAAUCUGCCUAAACCCUGGCUGUGCAUCCAGGCUGUCACGGUGGAAUUCAGCAGCAAGUACCACCAGGAGAAACAGCAGUGGAACCCGGAGCAGAGCAGAGCAGUGAAAGUGGACUUUCAGCCAUCUCCUGUCCAGCUUCUCGUGCUGUCAGCCAAGUUCAAAGGGAAGCUGCUGCUUCAGAGAAAGCAGCUUGGGAACACUCGCCUAGCAGAAGAGCUCCUGCAUACCUAUGCCUUUGAGCAGAUAAGCUGA